CGGCAACACACUCAGCAGGAUAGAGUAGCAUCCAAUACUAGAGACGGCAGAAGAUCAGAAUCAUCGGCUCCUCCACUGGCCUCGCAAAACUCCCUGGCACCAACCGACAUGCUAAACCUUGCAUACAUUAUUCACCCUUGUUUCGAGAACUGUUCACCGACCCCUGGAAAUGCUGUUGAAGGCGUCGACGAAUCAAAUGACCAUUACCUCGACGAACUCAUGAUGAGUUGCGACUGCUUGGGACUGACAUUGGGCCAAUUGAACAUCCUGCUUCCCCGGUAUUUUGAAGUAUACACCGCCUUCCAACUGUUUCGACUUCCAGAAAUUCAAACAAAAUUGCGGCAAAUCCCCACAGUAGCUCAAAGAACGGCUCUGUUGGCAUCUAUGCUCGCAUUUGCACUCAAGGACCUCGAUCAUCACGAUGUGAACAAUAUGACACAAGAGCAUGUCUUAACCCACUCGACGGGCGUUCCAAGCAUCCAUUUUCGUGCUCUGGCGAUCAAAUACAUGGAGCAAGCGAUGACUGAGCUCGGAGACGAAGCAGUGACCUUACCUCUCCUUCAGGCGAUGAUUUUGAACACACAUUGUAUCCUCGUCCAAGGGGUACGGGGGAGGCCUUGGCGGUAUUUGGGAACUUGUAUCAGAAGUGCUUACGAGCUGAACCUGCACCUUAUCGACGCCGGCAAGCCUCAUGGCCAGGCUCUUUCUACAAAUGCAGAGCAAUGGUGCAUCGAGGAAGAAUGGCGUCGAGCGUGGUGGGCAAUCUGGGAAAUGGAUGUGUUCGCCAGCUUCAUUCGCCGCUGCCCGACUGGAAUUGACUGGUCUCAAAAUGAAACAUUUCUGCCAGCUGAAGACGAAAGAUGGUAUCGUGGGGAACCUCAAGCAAGCUGUUUGUUGGGACUUUCCCUUGUCAAUCGAUGGAAAUCGCUAGUCGCUACCCAAAACCAAUCACCCAAGGCUUGGUUCAUUCUCAUCAAUUCAUUGAUGAAAGAUGCACAAAACGUCUCCAGUCCAACCAGCAUUGACAAGUUCCAUUUGUCACAUCGUGACCCCACUCAAGAUGUUGAGCAAGCUGUUGCACAAGACGUGCGAAGACGUCAACAGCAGAAGAAGACCUCGGACAUCAAUAGACUUGAUACCGUGUUGAAUUGUCUACAUUGUACAGUCGCGGCUUUACCAAAAAGGCUCAAGUAUCACGGUCAGUAUCUGAACUUUGGAGGAAUUGAUACAAAGCGUCCCGGCGCCAUAACACAAAGACUGACAGACAGUUUUGUCUACGGAAUCUACCUCAUGACUCAACUGACGAAAAUGAUGGUGCUGAAGUACCACGUCUUCCGCACAGGAGCGAAAUGGACAAUGGCGAGGAACACGGACUCGGCAGACAAUGUCGCUACUGCAAACGAAGCAGGUACACUCACGGAUCAUCAUGCCAUUCUGUCUCCAUCAAAAGCCGAAUCACAACAUCUGGCUCAAUAUUUCGAAGCGGCAGACAAUGUUGUAAACAUCGUCCGGUGCUGUCCCGAAGACCAUUACAAGCACCUCAAUCCCUUUCUUGCUAGUACUACAUGGCUAUCGGGAGCUAUCCAACUCCUGCACCGCAGUCUUCUGGCAAAUGGUUGCUCGGACAGAGAGUUGAUCGAUUCGAAAUUUGAGUUGGUGUCCAUGACUUACCUUAAGGCUGUGGGAUUUUGGAACAUGUCCCAGGUACCAUUACGAAAUUGGGAGACUAUUGCAAAUGGCUUGGAGAACGUCAAGGUUGGUCCGAGCACGGAGGACCAUGAUCAGCAUCAAACGCCCUGGGUUUUCACCGGAGGGAACGUGAGCCAUGUUCCCAUUACGGAGCAAGCAAACAUAUCAUCCUCGACAGCACUGUCCAAUGCGAACAGCAAAAGUGGUGUGAUCGACCAGUGCUUCAGAUACCUUAUCGACGACAGUAAGCAGAGGACCGGCAUGGCUCCAGAUCCUGCUCCCACAGAUCUCGCUCUCGCGUCAACCAUGCAAGCACAACAGCACCUGCCGUACACCCCACUCUCGAACAAUACAUACGCCCCAGAGCAUUUACUCACACAGACUCAGCAGAGUCUCGGUAUCAUGUCUUCAGAAUAUGAUGCAGAGACAGUACGAAUGCCUUCAUUCGGUGGCACCGAAGCUCACCCUACCUUCUCGCCCCAGUUUCUGGACUGUAUGCCCUUUGCAACGGACCGGGCCAUGAACAUGGACUUUUCAAACUAUCUUGACGAGAUAUUGUCGGGCUCAUAUGUGCCCUGA